AUGGCUGCACCUUUCAUUCUGCUGGUUAUGUGCUGGGCGUUUAAAUUGAGUUGCAGUGCGAGUUCACCUGAAUGGUUCCAGAACAUUUCUACCAGCCUCUUCAAUUUGUCUGGGGACAUCAUGCUCGGAGGGCUCUUUCCCAUUAACCAGCUCACCAGCAACCUCAGCCAGAGGACGGAGCCUAACGACAUCAGCUGUGACAGUUUAAAUGAGUACGGACUGGGCCUCGCUCUAGUAAUGAAAUUUGCAGUGGAUGAGAUCAACGCAAACCAAUCCCUGCUCCCUGGCUUCAAGUUGGGUUAUCAAAUCUAUGACACAUGCAGUGAACCUUCCAUCAUUGUGAAGCCUACCAUUGCUUUACUCACUGGAAAAUCUAACAAAGCACUAUCUGUGGAGUGUAAUUACACCAACUAUGAGACUGAAAUGGUAGCAGUGAUUGGUCCUCAAAGCUCAGAAUUGGUGUCAGUCAUAGGAAAACUCCUGGGAUUCUUUCUGAUGCCACAGGUUAGCUUUGGUGCCACCAGUGCGGCAUUCAGUGACAAUCUUCUCUACCCAUCAUUCUACCGUACGGUACCCAGCGACAAUCAGCAAGUGGACGCCAUGGUGCUUCUGCUGAAGACGUUUGAAUGGAACUGGGUGGCAGUGGUUGCCAGUGAUGAGGAGUAUGGGCAACAAGGUGUGCAGGGAUUCUCCAAAUCAGCAGAAAACAGUUCUAUUUGUGUGGCGUAUCAGGGGCUGAUUCCAGUAUACACUGACCCUGGACCAGCGGUCAAAACCAUCAUCGACAACAUCAUAGCAACCAAAGUCAGAGUGAUAGUGGUUUUUUCUCUCCCACAGCAAGCUGAGGCCUUUUUAAAAGAGGUUAUCAGGAGGAAUGUAACAGGUGUGUGGAUUGCCAGCACAAGCUGGGCCCUCAGUCAGCAAUUGACUUCUCUUCCCAAUAUUGAAACGAUCGGUACAAUAAUUGCAUUCACUGUCAAGACACAGACCGUGGAUUUGCUCCCUGCCUACACAGAGGAGCUCUUCAUUAAACUGAGUGAGGAGAAGAUGUCCCCUCCAGCACCACAGUCUGGCAAUCCUGUCGAUCCCUGCCCACAGUGUUGGAACUUGUCAUCUGCUAAUAUCAGCUUGGUGACAAACCCUGCAGUGAAGCGCACAGCUUUCAGUGUGUAUGCUGCCAUCUACGCUGUGGCACAGGCACUGCACAACAUGCUGGGAUGCAAUUCAACUGCCUGUAUGCAGGGAUCUGAAACCAAAAUCUAUCCCUGGAAGCUGUUGAAGGUUUUAGGGAACACUUCUGUGGAAUUAAAUGGCACACUUUUAAAAUUUGACAGUAACGGCAACCCAAACAUAGGAUACAACGUGGUUCAGUGGGUCUGGGAUGACUCAGGUUUCAACUUGAUGGAUGUUGGAAGCUUUGAUGAAAAACUGUCCAUCAACAAGUCCCUCUUCAAAUGGCACACCACAAACUCAAAGGCUCCUGAGUCCACCUGUUCAGCAAACUGUGGAAGAGGCCAGGUCCGCAGGGUCAAAGGUUUCCAUUCUUGCUGUUUCGAUUGUAUUGACUGUCAACCAGGCACUUACCAGGCAAAUGAGGACGACAUCCUCUGCAAGCCGUGCCCAGAGGGUCAAUGGUCUCUGAUCCGCAGCACUAAUUGCACUAAACCCACCUUUGACAUUUUGUCCUGGGACACACCCGAGGCUCUGGAAAUGAUGCUGGCUGGGGUGCUGCUGCUGAUAUGUCAGGGGUCAGUGGUUGUCGUGUUCCUGAAACACAGAGGGACCCUAUUGGUAAAGGCAUCGGGGGGAGCCCUGACUUUUGUGGCUCUGCUAAGCCUGAUGGGAGCUUGCCUCAGUCUUCUGCUCUUCUUGGGCCAGCCAGGGGAUGUGGGGUGUCGUCUUCAGCUGCCCCUCACCUCCAUUUUCCAAACAGUGGCCCUCUCUAUUAUCUUGUUCAUCUCACUACAGAUAUUCUACAUGUCAGAGUUCCCAAAGAUGGCCACCUCUCACCUUCACAUACUAAGAGGCCCUGGAAGCUGGCUGUUUGUGCUUGGCUGCUGUGCUGUGCAAGCAUGUAUCUGUGGCUGGUUUGUUCAGCAAGGACCCUCUCUGUCUGACUAUGUGGCAAAUAUGACAAUAGACUUUGUGAGCUCAUUUCUGGCAUGUCCAGUGUUACCCUUGGCUGGAUUUGCCUUAAUGCAAGGAUUCAACGGUGCAAUGGCGAUUAUAUCAUUUAUGUGCACCUUCAUGGCAGCAAAGCCUCUUCAUCAGUAUAACCUUGCCAGGGACAUCACCUUUUCCUCCCUGAUCUACAGUGUGAUUUGGGUGACCUUUAUUCCAAUCUAUAUAGGCAUGAAUUACAAGAACAGGUCUAUUGUCCAUGUUUUUUUCACCCUGGCAAGCAAUUUGGGACUGGUGUCAGCCUACUACUUCCCAAAAUGCUACUUGCUGUUGAGGAAACCUGAGCUCAAUACAGCAGCCCACUUCUGUACCUUCCUAGAGGGCGCACCACCAACACCAGCUCAGGAAGAACCACAGCCACAGCAAGAGUCAGGGCAAUAAACUAAAGUGCAGUUAUAUGACAAAAAACUCAAAGAAAGAAAGUACUGUAUUUUUUUAAAAUGUACAUGCUUUGUAUGUGAUCAAAUAUUGUUUGUGAAUUUAAUUAAAAUAAUUAGCUUAGGCCUAUGGUAUAGGCUACAGACAUACUGUCCAUGGCCUACAUGGCUUUCCUUGGGGCCAGGGAUUUUUUAAAUCUUUGCUCCGCCCAUCCUAGUUAUUUCAGACCAAUCAAAUGAUUGUAUCAUGUA